CGGGGCCGGGGCCGGGGCCGGGGCCGAGCGGCGAUGGAGGAGGAGGAGGAUGGAGGCGGCGGAGGGGAGGCGGGGAGUGAGGCUGCGGCAGGAGGAGGAGGAGGAGGAGGAGGAGGAGGAGGAAGGGGGGGCCGGGCGGCGGGGCCGGCGGGCAUGUGGGACCGGCUGCGGGGCAGUCGGGCGGCGAGCGGCGGCCGGAGCGCGGCCGCGAUGGCGCAGCGCGGCGCGGCGGCGGGCGAGAAGGGGCCGGCGGCGGCGGGCGAGGGCGAGGGCGAGGGGGAGCCGCGGGCCGGGGCCGGGGCCGGGGCCGGGGCCGGGGCCGGGGCCGGGGCCGCGCCGGGGCCGCCCGGCGCCGCCGCGCCCUUCCAGCCCCCCGACGGCGGCUUCGGCUGGGUCGUGGUCUUCGCCGCCACCUGGUGCAACGGCUCCAUCUUCGGCAUCCACAACUCCUUCGGGAUCCUCUACAUGAUGCUGCAGAGCGACCUCGGCCCGGGAGAGAGGGACCCCGCGCUGGACUUCAAGACAGCAUGGGUCGGUGCCUUGGCCAUGGGGAUGGUUUUUUUCUGCUCCCCCAUCGUGAGCAUCUUCACGGACCGGAUCGGCUGCAGGACAACAGCAGCCUCAGGAGCUGCCAUUGCUUUCAUUGGACUCCUCUCCAGUUCGUUCACCAAGUCUCUUGAGGUUCGUUAUUUCACAUACGGGAUCCUCUUCGGCUGUGGCAGUUCCUUCGCCUUCCAGCCCUCGUUGGUUAUCCUGGGUCACUACUUCAAACGCCGCCUUGGCUUGGUGAAUGGCAUCGUGGCCGGUGGCAGCUGCCUCUUCUCCAUUUCCCUCCCCUUCUUUUUGAAGACAGUCGGAAAGGCCAUCGGGCUGGCGCAUACUUUCCAAGUACUCAGUGCCUUUAUGUUCAUCCAGAUAUUCUUGUCCCUGACCUAUCGGCCCGUCUUGCCACCUCCUUGUGACUCUCAGCAUGAAGGGCAAGAUAAGACGGUCAGCCGGAGUGUGCAGCAGCAGUGCUGGUCUCAGAUGCGCAAGUAUUUCAACCUGAGGGUUUUCCGGAGAAAGACCUAUCGGAUUUGGGCCUUUGGGAUUGCUACUGCUGUCCUGGGAUACCUUGUACCUUACAUGCACCUGAUAAAAUACGUGGAGAAGGAAUUUAAAGAAGACAAAAAGGACUGGGUCCUCUUGGUUUGCCUUGGAGCCACUUCAGGGCUCGGACGCUUGGUUUCAGGCCGGAUUGGUGACUGCAUUCCUGGACUGAAGAAGAUUUAUUUGCAGGUUGCGUCCUUUAUGCUGUUGGGCCUCAUGUGCAUGAUGAUCCCCCAGUGCCGAGGGUUUGAGGGUGUCAUUGUCAUCUGCCUCUUCCUCGGCCUUUGUGAUGGAUUCUUCACCACCAUCAUGGCCCCCAUAGCCUUCGAGCUGGUGGGGCCCAUGCAGGCGUCCCAGGCCAUAGGGUACCUCAUGGGCCUGAUGGCCGUGCCCAUGACUGCCGGUCCGCCGAUAGCAGGAUACCUCAAUGACUAUUUUGGGAAUUACCACGUUUCCUUUUAUUUUGCUGGAGUUCCCCCCAUUGUCGGAGGCUUGGUGCUAGCUGUCGUCCCUCUGGUUCAUCAAAGGAUGCUCAAGAAGCAGCGGCUGGAUUCUGGCAAAGACAAGAUGUUGGUUUCAGAGACGGUCAUGAACGGAGAGCUUCUUCCAGGCUGUCCUGCCUCAGAAGCACACAUAUAAAGCCUUUCCCUGGGCCUCCACUCUGACACACGCACACCUAGACACACACUAUUGCCACCAGCAUCUUCUCGAUAGCCUAAGCACAGGCCCUUUUCUAAACGGACUGUAAUUCUCAGUGAUUGCCGAUGCACUAUGUUUGUAAAGAAAAAAAAAGUUCUUCUAGUUAAAUGCUUUUAACUAGCAGAAAUGCUUUUUUCAGGACAAUUUUGAUUUCAAAGCCUCAUUUUUUUUCCUCUAACCAUUUUUCUAAGGAGAACUCUCACCAGGAUUCAAAUUUGAUCGAUCUCCUCGUCCUUUCCCAGUUUUCUAUGUGUCACAACAGAGGUUUACAGCUAAUAAAUACCUUUUUAAAGCAGGCCGCAGGUGGAGCUCGUUGAACCUUCCAGGUGUCCAACCCAUGCCCUUUGGUGUCACUUGCCUAGGUCACGUUCAGGUGAGCUAGUCCGUCCCCAGCGCAGCUCGAGAGGUUAUUUGGGAGGCGGCAGCUUUCAAGGAGGAAACGCCGCUCUAGUCCGAGGCAAAACCGAAUAAAUUAUCAGGAGGUCACACUGUAAUCUUUUUAUCUUCUGCUUUUGUGCCGCCCUCCCACGCGCGCCGGCAUGCACCAAGGAACGCUGCAGCUGUCGGCGCGCUCUUAAGGACGAGCGGGAGCUCGGCUGCAUUAGCGGCUCCGCCACAUCUUGUUUUUCCCCGAGCGAGAGCUCGAUAAAGUAGCGCGGUGGAUGCGUAGGCGCAGCACAGAGCAAAGGCAGAGCUCAGCACCGCGCAGGAAUGAGCCAUCGCCCCUUUUUUAAUCAGCUGCCGUUGCAAACUGAAAGACCGAAGAGGAGCACGUGCUGUGGGAAUCAGCCCUCGUUUUCCGUGUGCUUGCGGUGGUUUAUAACACCAAGGCAAAACUUUGUUCCCGAAACCCAAUCUGGGCUCAGGCCCCCGGCUCCUGCAGGCGUUGGUGGGAGGUUUGUAUAUAGGCUACGGACCCUGCAUGCCCCUCUGGCCCUUUCUAGCUGCAUUCGAUGAUGCGUAAUAAGGUCUCGUGGUCUGAGCUUUUGUUACUUUCUGUCCUAUAACGGCCGGAGAAUUAUUGUGGCGUGCCUGGUUCAUGGCUAUAAAGCGAGAUGUCCGUUUGCCCUGCCCUCUCUUCGAGCUGCUUUUCUGGGGCUGUUAUUACUGUCCAUGUCACACAUUGCACCGUCCGCUACGCGUUUGCUGACCGCUUCCCUGUUCAAGGAAGCCGGAGGUGCGUAGCCAGGUGGGGCGUCGACUGGCGACCUGCAAAGCCGGGCCCAGCCAGGCCCCGUAUUUCCGCCUCAGCGCGUUGGCGGAGCCCAGCCGCGGUGCCCUUCGUCAGGCUGCCGAGCCCUGGGCCGGGGCACCCUCCUGCCGCGGCACGGAGCCGGCGUUGCACUGGGACGCUGCAGGUGUGGGCACCGUGGCAUCGCCCAGCCCCGUCGCAGCUAAAGGAAGAAACGUUUUGCAUUGUAACUAACUCCCUUUGUAAGUUGGGGGGGGGGGGUCGUCCCAUCUGAAAUCGAAGAAGGGCUUCAAAUCGUAUUUUUGACUUUAAAGCCGUCCUAGGGAGAGCCUGCGCGGGGGUGAAGUUAAAGCGUGGCUUAGUGAGAGCCACCGUGGGCCAAGCAGAGCUGCUCCAGGCCUGAGCCCGGCCUGGCGGGUUUGCCCGCGCGCGAGGGCCCGGUGCGGCGCGGGGGGCGAGUCGAGGCGUCCGGGGACCGGGAGGUGCUGGAAGACAUCGGGGGGGCUCGGCACCGCUGUCGGCCCCAGCAGCGCGCCCGGGGAGCUGCGGGCGAAGGCAGAGCUCUGUGCAACACGGAGCGCGGGACGUGUCUUAGCAGCUCGCGAGGCGGGUUUGGCUGACGUUUCUAUCCUGAACCUUUAGCUCAAGGGUGUUCAAAACCGAGUUGUUGUCUUUUUUUUUUUUUUUUUUUUCCCCUUUGCACGGCUGCCGCUGCAGAGCGACCGCAGGGUUUAACUGCUGCUGCUCCGGCUGCGGGAGGGGCGGCACGGCCGGGCGGGCGGCGGAGGCGCGAAGGCCGCCCGAGGCCGCGGUUCAUGCGUUGCAGCAUGUCGGAGUUGUGAAACGGAGCUGGAAGCGGCUGCCUGAGCUCUGCGGUUGCAGCGCGCUCUGCCCCAAGGUCUCGCGGCCGUCCGCAUACCUGUUUCUUAGGCACGUGCCUUCGCUUCAGCAAUUCUCCACUUAAACUGCCUAAAAUUUCCCUGGGGCAGGAGCCGCCCACGUCCUAAUCACCGUCGUGAUUAUACGUUGGAUUAUAUGUUGGCCUUUGCUGUGGCGCGGCUCUCUUGGGUGCCUUGAGGGGCCGGGAAGGCCCUCCGGCACCCAGCCGCGGGAAGUUGCGGCUCCCGCCCGCCGGGUGGGUCUUGCCCGGGCGGCCGUGCCGGCGGCCGGGGGACGCUUUGUGCGCGGCGGCAGCUCCAGCUCGCGGGCCGGCCGGGUCGCACGCCGCGCGAGACACUUGUAGACGUUCAGCAUAUUGGUAGACGCCAGAGCGAGCGUUCGGUUUCGCUAAGGAGCGAGGCUUUUUGUACAGGUUUAAUUGUGGUGUAUAAGAUGAUUUGUUGACUGGCAUGCGGUUUUGCAUGGCUUUAAUACCUUGUUUUUUCAUGGCUCGCAGCCAGACGGACUUUAAAUCCCCGUGUCUUUUUCGGUAGUGUUUCUAGCAUCCCCCCGAUUGUGUCCGUGAACCUCUAGUCCACAUCCGCAAGAGAGCUUUUAGCAGCCCGAGAUCAUUCGAUUUUUUGGGGCUGCUGAGUGCAUUAAAUCAAAUUGCUUCAGAAAAACGUGGUGCUGAGCUUUCCCAGCGUAUCCCGUUUCACCCAUUAGAAGCCAUUAGAGCAGGAGCCGUUUCUUGGGAGGUGCCGGCCGCUGGGAGCCGGCCCUGCUCUCCCGCCCGGUCCCUGAGACGCAGCGGUGGCAAAGGCAGCGCCAAGCCAAAGCUUUGCUUUCGGAGAGGCGCCUUUCUAAGCUAACGCCACGUCAUAACCCCGGGGGGAGGCUUGAAUUUUUGCUGUUUUGCUGCAUCCCCCUUUUUUUGAGUCUGCUUAUAACUUAAUACGCCCUUAAAAUUUUGUAUUUGGAAGUAAAAAGUAUUUGAGUGUGUGUCUUAAAGUACGCCUGUCCUUUCAGACUGUGAACUUCGGAGUCUCGGUAUACAAAAAACCCAAGAGUAUUAGCACACUUUUGUAAAUGUUUAUGAAUGUCAUUUAAAAGCCCUGUAGAAUAAACCGAGUUUAAAAAGGAA